AUGCACCCUCAAGAGGUACUCGGAUCUCACAAACGUCACGACUUCAUCGAUUCCUCCAUUUUUGGUCGCAGACUCGACACAUCAUCCGUCCAACUUCCUGAAACUUUACCUCCUAGCUAUCGUGCUGGAGAUUUCGACGACAAUGAUUUAUACCAAGGAAUCAACACUUUCGCCCAUCUCGAUUUCAUAGAAUGCAUGAAGCCCGUGAGCAGCGGAUCAUUUGAUAUUGGGAUUGUGGGUCACCCUUUCGACCUAGGUGUAUCAUAUAGACCAGGUGCAAGAUUCGGACCAAAUGGUGCUCGUCAAGGAGCCAGGAGGAUGAGCCCUUCUGCGGGAUGGGAUAUAGAUCAUGAUCUCAAUCCGUAUCAAGACUGGGCCAAAGUUGUUGACUGUGGAGACAUUGGAAACAAUCCUUUCGAUAAGUUGGUUGCUAUCCACCAGCUCGAAAAGGGGAUGCAAGCUAUCAACAAUGUGAAAGCAGCAAACGACUCGGCGUCAGAGGCUGUCCGACUUAUUACUAUCGGAGGAGAUCAUACCAUAACCCUUCCUAUUCUUCGUGCGCUUCAUUCCACAUGGGGCCGUGUUGCCGUUCUACAUUUCGAUAGCCAUCUCGAUACUUGGGAUCCGAAGCAGCUUGGUGGUGGCUUAACGAAGUAUUCUGAAGUCAAUCAUGGAACCAUGCUGCAUAUAGCUCACGAAGAAGGAUUGUUGUCCAAUCACAGCAACAUGCAUCUGGGAUCUCGGUGCACAAUCUUCGAUGAACACUACGACUUGAACAACGACCUUCGGUGUGGCUUCACUUACAUCCGUGCUCGAGAGCUAGAUAAACUUGGCGUUGAUAAGGUGGUCAAGAAGAUUGUUGAGCGUGUCGGGGAUGAAUACGUGUACUUGAGCGUUGACAUCGAUGUGCUUGACCCAGCAUUUGCUCCUGCAACUGGCACCAUUGAACCAGGAGGAUGGACCACCAGAGAGCUGCAGCAGAUUAUCAAUGGUCUUUCGGACGCUGGCUUAAAGAUAGUCGGUUCAGAUGUUGUAGAGUUUACACCCAUCUACGACAAUGCUGCAGAGACCACCGCGAUCGCUCUUGCCCAGAUCGUCUACGAGGUUCUGCAAUGGAUGGUUCAUGUACCGGUGAAGAGCCCCAAAGCUUGA